ACCAUCAUCUCUGCUUUCGCUCUCGCUGGCACUACUCUUGCGAGCCUCAACACCACCCGCGAAUAUGAGCUUCGUACUCAGCUUAAGCCUGGUCAAGACAGCAAGAAAAGAUUUGAUAAUCUCUGGCUUGUCGCAUCCCACACUGGAGCAGGUUUGAACGAUGCCGUGCUCUACACCAACAGAUCAUAUGCCAUCAAAGGUUUCGAAAAUGCCACCAACAUCACACAGAGUGAUGGCCAGCCUUUCUUUAACCAGCUGUUCGAUCUGGGCGGUGCCUUCCCUUACGACCUUUACGUGGCAGAUGUCAACUUCUAUGCUGCUUGGGAACCUGUCCGCAUCGAUGCAGGCACAGGUACUGGCGGCUUCUUCAUGAACUCUAGCGGUCUUCAGUGGAACCAGAGUCCAGGCGAACCUGCUGAGCAAAACCUUUUCGGAGGGUGGCUUGUUUGUGACUGGUGGCACGGUGUUCCACAGCUAUUUGCUAAGUGGAGCUACUAUCACUAUGAGAACCCUUCGAGCUGUGCUGAUGUCAACCUACUCCCUGUUUACAUC